AGAUUCAAGGAUGCAGUUGCCAGAGUCUCAGACCAAUUUCUGAUGUUGUUUCGAUAUAUCUAUUGGGAGGCCGGCAUUGUAAAGACCCUUCUUGACAAAGACUACACUGGCCUCGACAUUUGGCAAGCUGCCCUGCAAUUUGGAAGGUAGUCAGAGCAAGUGGUUUCUCAUUCAUGUUACUGCCAAACCAAUUAUUUGAACAUAGAUGUCGCGUCUUACGGCACUUGAAGGCCAUCGUUGCAUGGCAUACUGCCGUAGGAACACUUUGUUCGGCCGAAAAUUCCCAGUUUAUUCGUGGCAAACUUACCCUUGGUUUGCUUGACGUUCCACAUUGCGGCUAUGAAAUUGCCACCUUGGAUGAUAUCUACGAAGAAUACUUCAAGAGGUAUGACUCGGACUCGGAGGCUCACAAAGCUGUGGUCAAAUCUUUUAUGAAAACUUACCUUCCACUAUCCUUCCCCGGCACCAUCCAUGCGGAGGCUACCUUUUCUCGUAUUUCUCGGCUUCUACCCGUUACCAUGCUGCUCACGACAUCCCUCUUCCUGAUGAUCAUGUCAUGGCUCUGCGUAACUUGCUCGAACCGGCAAGUCUUAUGAUCUGACUCUUGAGCUUGGGAUUUAGGCAACCAUCAAUGGUGCCAUUGCAUUGAACAAGAAGUGUUGUUUGUGUUGUUGGCGUUUUCGCUUCCAGCUCUCGAUGGUCAAUGGCGUGAGAUGCAAGUUGCCAGGCUCAAACGGCAUGAUAUAUCCGUGGAGUCCUCCUCGUGUCGGAGUCGAUCUCAAGGUACUCCUUGAAC